UAGUGACCCAAACAUGGCGAAUAGGCAUCGUGAUACCCCGUCGUGAUUAUGGUCUCGUUAGUCCUCUUUCGCAUGGGAGGGGCGCAUAAGUUGAUGGGAUGAACAAGAUGUGGCGGUGAUGGCCGCGGCCCUUGGCUUCCGGGUGCCAGCCAUGUUUUAAGAAUACGACGAUGCGCAGUUCACUCUAUAACUAUGAGUCUUUUCUUGUUACCCUGUUCUCUUCUCAUCGCUGUAUAAUCGAUCGACAAAACCGUGACUGUCGGCGUCCACGUAUCCAUUGUCUUUCAACGCUUGCUGACAGAGUACAUGGCGCACUUCACGACUUAUCGAGAGCAGAAGCCUCUCUUUACUAAUCCAAAACCGUCUUCAAUCUCGUGAGGAAAACUGUCUGGUGUCGAAUGCGCCUGGGGGAGACUCAGGCUCACCAGUCUUGGCCUUGUGACGACAAUCACGUGCACCCAGUGAGAUCACGAGUGCGACAUAGCUACCUUUCAUCAUGGCGCCAAACCUUCAACCUCUUCCUCAGCGUCCACGUCUCCAAGACCAUAGACCGUGGUCCGGACUUUCCAAUAUUUCUAAACGAUCCUUUAGAUCUUGCGCAACUUCUGCUUUCGAGGCCGACGACGAGCGAUCCUCUAGCGACGGCGAUAUGAGCCCUCGCAAUAGCCAAGCGGACGUGCGACGGCCAAUCGUACCGCGUCACUCUGGCCAUGAUGCUCGCCCAACGAGUCAAAAGGAGCUUCUAGGGUGGUACGCCUACGCAUUUGCGGCCGAGACGUACGUGAUUUGUGGAAUUGCUUCCUUUAUCCCCAUCCUUUUAGAGACUCUUGCCAGAGAGAACGGUGUGCUCGUCUCUGACCGAAAAACGCCUUGCGGGUCUAGCGACAGUAAGAAAGAGGGGGACGGGCAAUGCAUUGUCUGGGUAUUUGGAGUAGAAAUCAACACUGCGAGCUUCGCCAUGUACACAUUUUCAGUGAGCGUCUUGGUUCAAGCACUGCUCGUUGUCAGCAUCAGUUGCGCUGCUGACCAUGGAAACUACCGCAAGAAGCUUCUUCUCAGCUUCGCCUGGAUUGGAAGCUUCGCCGUCAUGUCUUACAUCUUCAUUACAAAAGACAACUACAUUUUCGGCGCCCUCUUGACCGUCAUCUCCAACACGUCCUUUGGCGCAUCCUUUGUAUUACUGAACUCUUUUCUUCCGCUGCUUGUGCGAUACCAUCCCGAUGUUAUCGGGGUCAACGUUGCUGAGACUCCAGAUCUUGCCAAUUCUGAAUUUGAGUCACGCCCUUUGGAUGACUCGGUGGGUGAUCUCCAGGCGUCAAGAGUUACGACAACAUCACCUCUGUUAGAUCCUGAAGACGGCGAGCGACUGAAACCAACAGCAAGCCAUGCAGAAAUCACUUCCAAGGAAUUGCAACUGUCAACGCGGAUCUCAGCCAUCGGAAUUGGUACCGGUUAUAUUGCCGCGCUCUUCCUGCAAUGCGUCUGUAUUGCUGUUCUCAUAGCCAUGCAUAACACCACAUGGGGCCAACGAGUGGUAUUAUUCAUGGUCGGACUUUGGUGGACCAUCUUCACUAUUCCGGCCGCCAUGUGGUUGCGGCCCCGCCCCGGGCCUCCGCUGGCUGAUGACGGCCGCAAAGGCAUCAUGGCAGGACUUGCGUACAUAUUGUACGCAUGGAAGAGCCUAUUCAAAACCGUCCAACAGGCUAGACGCCUUCUGGACAUCGUUUUGUUUCUGGCUGGAUGGUUUCUCCUGUCCGAUGCGAUCGCAACCACGUCAUCUACCGCGAUUCUAUUCGCCAAAACCCAACUCCACAUGAAGCCGUGGGCGCUCGGUAUGAUAAAUGUCAUUUCAACUCUGGCAGGGGUAUUCGGCGCCUUCGGAUGGUCGUGGAUCUCACGGCUCUUUAACCUCCAAGCCCAUCAAACCAUUCUUGUCUGCAUUGCUUUGUUCGAGUUGAUCCCCCUUUACGGCUUGCUGGGUUACCUUCCCUUUGUUCAAGAAUGGGGCGUAUUUGGCCUCCAACAACCCUGGGAGAUGUAUCCAGUGGCGGCUGUAUAUGGAGUCGUGCUCGGAGGUUUGGGUGGUUACUGCCGCUCUCUCUAUGGUGAGCUUAUUCCACCCGGAUCCGAGGCAGCUUUCUACGCUCUGUACGCCAUAACGGACAAGGGAUCCAGUGUCUUUGGUCCGACGAUUGUCGGUGCUAUCAUUGAUAGAACUGGCACGAUUCGCCCGGCUUUCUGGUUUCUGGCAGCAUUGGUUGGCCUUCCUGCGCCAUUGAUCUGGUUCAUCAACGUCGAGCGUGGCAGAAGAGAAGGCAUGAAGCUCGCCGAGUCAAUGGCAGGAUCUCCUGUGGAGGAAGCAAACGAUAAUGAGUAUGAGCCUGAGCGUCGUGGAAUGCUGGCCGACUAUCAGAGAGAGCAGGAAGAUGGUAUUGUCGAUGAACAUGCAAGACCCUAGGUCAGAUGGCUGUUGAUUCUUGGAUGGGCAAGGUAGCAUAGCGGCGGCGUUUACUUAGAUGAUUGGUGAUAUCAUAAUUUGGCUACGACUUAUAAGUGCUAGACAACGAACUAAAUUCAGCAAUGUCAAUAUCUCAAGUUGAUCAGUAUACCACAGUACUUUCCUUUCUGCUUAAGAGUUGGGCGCGCUCUCUGUACAUACUAUCUAAUAUGAGGCAAGGCGGCG